UUUCCACAUGUAUGGGGUUUUUGUACUUUAGAUGGCAAUAAUAAACAGACCUACCUAUAUAUAAAUGAAUUCACUUUAUUUAACAAUUAUAUACAACCAUUUGCAACGGAACACACACGUUUGCAAACCUGGCUUCAAUAUUUUUAACACCGAUAUUUUUACUUUAUUUUUUGGCUGCAUUUUUAACAUGAUUUUUAGAUUGUCAUAUGUUCUAACGAUGAUUGAAAUAGUGUCCACCAUAACAGAAGCCGAUAGUAAAGCGAUUCAAAACAUGGAAGCUGAACCAUACACAGGAAUUAAAACGCGUAAGUAUGAUAUGGAUUGAGAUAAUAUAUAAAACUUCAUGAAAAAUGUAUUUCAAAGCAGAUCAUUCACUCCGAUCGCGGAGAUCAGCCUUUCUAAGGUUAUCAUGGACCAGGAACGAAAACUAUGGAAUAGUGUUUGUCUAUUCAAAUGAAUUCUCUAAUCAAGAAGUGGCUGUUAUUAAGUCUGCGGCAGAAGAAAUAGCCAAAUUUGCCUGCUUUCCUAUCAACGUGUUCUCAAAUGCUAAAUAUGCAAGCGUUGGAGGCAAUGUUCAGAGGAUAUUUCACAACCACGUAUUCAUCUCAAGAAAUCAAUAUUCAGGAUGUAACGCUGAUAUCGGAAUGCUUGGUGGACGACAACGCUUGAACUUGGACCCUUGGCUUGGAUGUGCUCUUAGAAAAGGAACUGUGAUGCAUGAAAUGAUUCAUAGUUUGGGGUUUGACCACGAACAAAAUCGGCCUGACAGAAAUAGUUUUGUGAGAGUUCAUUUUGAGAACAUUCUUCCUGGGGAGCAAUAUAAUUUUCAAGUUAAGCCUAACGCCAUAGCUCUUGGACCUUAUGAUUAUCACUCGAUAAUGCAUUAUCCAGAUUCGAGUUAUGCUAGAAAUCCACGAUACUCAACAAUCUCCUCCACAUUACGAGGAUACAGUGUUCCACACUAUCCUUUAACGACGCUGUCUCAAACGGACAAAGACAAAAUAAGAGCAAUUACUGGUUGCAAAAGUACUACACUGUUCUGAAUUUUGCAUGUGUAGGGAAAAAAAUGUAAAUUCCUUUUAUACGAUUUGUUCUUUUUUUAUUAUUAUUUGCACAUAAUAAUGAACGUAUCUUGUGAAUAAAGUGAUAAAUAUCGAAAAUUUAA